AUGGAAACUGCCGCUCGCGUCCCUGAAGCUCACCACAAGCAACAAGCACCUGUGGAACCUGUGGCAGCUACUGGCCCUGCAUCCACCGUCAACACAAACACUACCGCAACCGGCCAGAACCAAGAAUCUCCCGGGUAUAUUCAGACGGCGCGUGAGACUCUUGCAUCCAUCGCUGGUACCGUACAGAACGCAGUGGGCAUUGAAACCCCUUCAUCCACGCUACACAACAUUGCCAAUAAUGCUAAAAUCGAUGCCUCCAUGCCUUCUUCGGAAUCGUCUGGCGCUAAGCCUGGUGAGCAUGUGGGCGGAGUCGGUGCCUUGCCAGGCGACAACAAGGAGGAGGGCAUCGCCCGUCUUCCUGCAGAGCGCAUGAGUGUACCCAGCCGUGAACACGAGGGAACCUUCCCUGGCGAGAAGAGUGGUGGCGUUGGUGCCUUGCCUGGAUCCCUCAACGAGAGCGGUGUUGCUCUCUUGCCUGACGAGCGUGGCACCCAAGUCAAGGAAGACGUCCAGUCUUCUACACGUGCCGCGGCUCACCCCACUUCUGAGAAGCCUGACAAGCAGGACCUCAAGACUGCUGCUGCUCACCCUGUCGAGACGGCUAAGCAAGCACGCCGUGGUUCCACUUCUUCGACUUCAUCUUCAGAGGGCGAGCAAGACCCCAACGCCCCUAAGCGCAAGACCACUCUCAAGAACAAGGUCGCCGGGGGCGUGAAGGCUGCCGUAGGCAAGAUCAAGAAGGAUGAGGAAAUGUAUGCUGAAGGUCAAGCCCAGCGUGGUCACUAG